GUGCCCCGAAGCGCCGGGAGCCCAGCACCAGCGAACAGGAGCUGAAGGACAUGCUGCGGGAGCUGGUCAUCUAUGUCAUCUUCCUGAUAGACCUCUGUAUAUUGGCGUUUGGCAUGGUGAGCAUAGACAUGUACCACCUGAACACAGUCAUGUCCCACCUCUUCCUGGAGCCCGCUGGGGACGAGGAUGGUUUUGGGAGCAUUCGGAGCAAAGCUGACUUCUGGAAGUUUGUAGAGGGACCGCUGUUGGAUGGACUCUACUGGGACACAUGGUACAACAACAGGACGUUAACCUUGCAGAACUACAGCCAUAUUUACUAUGAGAAUUUACUGCUAGGAGUAGCCCAGGUUCGACAGGUGAAAGUGCGCAACAACACGUGCUCCAUCUACCCGUAUUUCCAUAGCUUUUUAGAUGACUGUUACAGUGAGUACCGUUACCAAGCUGAAGACAGGUCUAACGAUGCUCUAAGGAACGAAUCCGAAUGGAAAUACACCCCAGCCACUUCGUUAUCCCCGUGGUACUUGGGAACUAUGGGCUUGUACAGCAGUGGAGGAUAUUUGUUCACCUUACCUAAAUCAAAGCAGGAGAGCAUGGAGAAGUUGGCAUCUCUCAAGCAGAACAACUGGCUCACUAGAGGAACCAGAGUUGUAUUUAUUGACUUCUCAACAUACAACGCUAACCUAAACCUCUUCUGUAUAGUCAAGUUGGUGGUAGAGUUCCCUGCCACGGGCGGUGCUUUCCCCUCUAUGCAUAUCUACUCUGUGAAGCUCCUCAGAUAUAUCACACGAUAUGAUUACUUCCUGGCUUCUUGUGAAAUCAUCUUUUGCCUCUUUAUCAUUACGUUCAUAAUCCAGGAAGCUAUAAAAAUAGUGCAACUGAAAAGGGAAUAUUUCAAAAGUGGUUGGACUUGGCUGGAUUUGAUGCUGCUGAUGGUAUCCAUCCUUGCCAUCACCUUCAAUAUCUACAGCACUGUAGAAGUGUCCCUGUUAAUGGAAGAGCUGCUGUCUGAUGCCAGUGUAUAUCCCGACUUCUAUUUCCUUACAUUCUGGCAAGUCCUUUACAACAAUAUGAUUGCUGUCAACAUUUUGUUUGCUUGGAUAAAGGUGCUUAAAUAUGUAAGAUUUAACAAAACAAUGGAGCAGUUGUCCUCCACUUUAUCUCGCUGUGCCAAAGACAUCAUUGGAUUUGCCAUCAUGUUCUUCAUCGUCUUCUUUGCCUAUGCCCAGUUUGGCUAUCUGGUCUUUGGGUCACAAGUUGAGGAGUUUUCCACUUUCCAGAAGUGCAUCUUCACACAGUUUCGUAUUGUGCUGGGAGAUUUUGAUUUUGAAAACACAGAAGCAGCAAACAGAAUCCUUGGACCCAUUUACUUCAUCACAUUCGUAUUCUUUGUGUUCUUCGUACUGCUGAACAUGUUUUUGGCCAUUAUAAAUGACACCUAUUCGGAAGUCAAAGCGGACUAUGAAGUGAUGCCCAGUCGCAAACUCCCGAUCAGAGACCUCUUUAGACACAGUUGUGAUAAUGUCCUUAUGAAGCUCAAGCUGAAGAAACCUGAGGAAGACACACAACCAGCAGCCGAGAAGUUGAAAAGGCUCUUGAGUUAUACAGCUGAAUUGGGCAAGGAACUCAAUAACACCAAUGCAAGACUCAGGAGAAUUAUAAGAAACAUGCAACACCAGAAGAAUGCUGCAGGCAGGCCGACACGUUAA